GCUCGCUUCGCGGAAAACCCCUUUGUAUUGCAUCAAUGUCAGAGAUGGCUUCAGCACUCGGACCAAGGGAGCACAUCGCUACAGUGACGACCGACGGUCAAGAUGUUCGUCUCUUUCAUAUUGAUUAUCCACAGCGAGGUCAAUUUAGAGAGAAGGGAGUAAUACUCCUCAUUCACGGCUUUCCCGAGACCAGCCACCAAUACCGUCACGUCCUCGAACCCCUCUCGAAUGUAGGCUAUCGACUUAUUGUUCCAGAUGUCAGAGGUCAUGGAGCUUCAUCGCAUCCUCAACUAGGGUAUACCAAGGCGGUCUUGGCAGAAGACCUGUAUCAUCUCCUACAGGAUCCAUCUUGGCAUCGAAAGUCCCAUUUAUCUCAUUCCUUCGCUACACAAUAUGCCUCAUAUGUAAAAUCACUCAUUCGGGGAGAGUGUCCUCUGCCUGAUACAACAGAAUUUGAGGGAACGAAAGCAAGCAGGAAGCAGUUCCAUUUCACGUUCCAGGCUCAGGUCGAUCUUGCUCUGCAGCUGGUCACCGGCAACGAAAAGGUGUAUCUAAACCACUUUUACGACAAACUUUCUUACAAAAGCUGCUGGAAUACCACCGAAUUAUAUGAUGCGUUCGAGCUAGAUGCAGCCGAAAAUAGAAAACGACUAAAUGAAUAUGGAAAGUGUGCUGUGCCAACACUUGGGAUGAAUAUCGAAUUUAGCAGCCAUGCUGGUGAUAUGAAGAGAAUGCUACCGGAAAUGUACGAAACUUUCGGUUGCGAGAUAGUACCGGAUUCUGGGCAUUACAUUGGGGAGGAGAACUCGGAUGCACUUGUGGCGUUUGCCAUUGCAUUUCUUCAAGAACACCCUCUUGUGUAA